UGGUGCGUCUUGGUGCCAGCGUGGGAGGUGUCGUGGGGUCAGCUGUGCUACUCGGUGCCCGAGGAGAUGCAGAAGGGCUCCUUCGUGGGCGACGUGGCCAAGGACCUGGGACUGGAACUGUCGGCGCUCCGCGACCGCGGCGCCCGCGUCCUUUCCGAAGGUAGGAGACAGUUUUUUUCUCUGCAUGAGAAGACCGGCCAUUUAGUGACGGCGGAACGCAUAGACAGGGAGCAGGUCUGCCGUUUGAUGGAGAAAUGCAUGCUGAGCUGUGAGGUGUUAAUCGAAGAUGAAAUGAAGGUUUAUGCAAUCGAAGUGGAAAUCAAAGAUAUUAACGACAACACACCCGCUUUCAAGGAAGUUCAGUUGGAGGAAAUAAUGAGCGAGACAACAGCCCCGGGGACACGCUUUCCGUUGCGCAGCGCUCAGGACCCGGAUAGCGGAAACAAUUCCCUACAGCGUUACGAGUUGAGCGGCGACGAACACUUCUCCCUGACCAUGCAGACAUCACCCGACGGGGAGAAACGUCCAGUGUUGGUGCUUGCGAAGCUACUGGACCGCGAGGAAGACGCUUUUCAUGAGCUGGUGCUGACGGCGGUGGACGGUGGGGAUCCAGCGCGGACGGGCACGGCGCGGAUCCGUGUGGUUGUGCUGGAUGCGAACGACAACGCGCCGGUGUUCAGCCAGGCAGUGUACACGGUGCGCGUGCGGGAGGACGUGCCCGUGGGCUCCACCCUGCUCACCGUCAGUGCCACCGAUGCCGACGACGGAAUGAACGGACAGGUAAAAUAUAUAUUUCAGAAAAUCUCCGAACUGGCAUUCGAGAUUUUCCAUCUGGACUCUAAUACAGGAGAAAUAUCUCUCGUUCAUGAAUUGGACUUCGAAGAGAUUUCAUCACAUGAACUAGAGGUGCAAGCGAAGGACGGUGGGGGCCUUUCGAACACGGCGAAAAUCACCAUCACGCUGACUGACGUGAACGACAACGCGCCGGAGAUCGCGGUGCGGUCACUGCUGAGGGCGGUGCCAGAGGACUCUCCAUCGGGGACGGUGGUGGCCCUGUACCGGCUGUGGGAGGGGCAGGUGCGCGGGGCGCCGCUCUCGUCCUACGUGUCGGUGCACGCGGAGACGGGCGCGCUGUACGCGCUGCGCUCGUUCGACUACGAGGAGGUGCGCGAGGUGGAGCUGUGGGUGGGCGCGGAGGACGGCGGCGCGCCGGCGCUGAGCAGCAACGUGUCGGUGCGGCUCUUGAUCGUGGACGAGAACGACAACGCGCCGCAGGUGCUGUACCCGCCGGCGGCGUCGCCGGGCGCGGGCUGGACGGGCGUGGAGCUGGCGCCGCGCUCGGCGGAGCCCGGGGCGCUGGUGGCCAAGGUGGUGGCGGUGGACGCGGACUCGGGGCAGAACGCGUGGCUGUCGUACGAGCUGGCCAAGGCGACGGAGCCGGGGCUGUUCCGCGUGGGGCUGCACAGCGGCGAGGUGCGCACGGCGCGCUUCCCGCUGGCGCGCGACGCGCUGCGCCACAGCCUCGUGGUGGUGGUGAAGGACCACGGGCAGCCGACGCUGUCGACCACGGCCACGCUGACCCUGGGGCUGGCCGAGAGC